AUGAAUCCCCCCGAGCUGGGCUGCGAGGCGGGCAGGGGGACGGGCGCCCUCAGGGCCCCCCUGGUGCUGCUCGGGCUCUGGGCGCUCCUGGCUUCGGUCCAGGGCUCUCAGGGCCGUCCCUCCUGGCGCUACGUGUCCUCGGAGGUGGUGACUCCUAGGAAGGAGACGCGCCGUGGCAAAGGCUUCCAGGCGCCUGGCUGGCUCUCCUACAGCCUGCGUUUCGGGGGCCAGAGGCACAUCAUCCACCUGCGGAGAAAAAUACUGUUUUGGCCCAGACACCUGCUGGUGAUGACCCAGGAUGACCAAGGAGCCUUGCAGAUGGACCACCCCUACGUGCCCGCAGACUGCUACUACCUCGGCUACCUGGAGGAGAUUCCUCUCUCCACGGUCGCCGUCGACAUGUGCUACGGCGGCCUGCACGGAGUCAUGAAGCUGGAUGACCUUGCCUACGAGAUCAAGCCCCUGAAGGACUCCCGCAGCUUCGAACACGUCGUUUCCCAGAUAGUGGCCGACCGCAACGCGACGGGGCCCAUGUACACGCUGCGGCACAGGGAGGACGUGGGCGCCCUGCUCUCCGAGGCGGACCCCAGCGCGGCUCCCAGGCUCUCUCCGUCGGGCUAUGCUUCGCACGCGUCCCACGUCAUAGGCCAAGUCCAGUGUUCCACUUCCAUGUUCCGGAUGUUUGCAAACAUCUCGAUGUGCAUCCAGUUCGUAGUGCGGCUGUCCAGUCUGUCUGACAACAUGCUUCGCGGUCUUAAUUCGAGGUUCCUGCUUACUCUCAUAACCAUAUACACGGACAGGGAUCCCGCCCCCCUGAACGACUACAGGGUUCCAGGAAAAUUUCACAAUAAAAGCAUGACGCAGUUUCGUUGCGGCAACUCCGUAGUGGAGGACACAGAGCAGUGUGACUGUGGCUCCCUGAAGCAGUGCUACACCAGCGAGUGCUGUAAAAGCAACUGCCGGUUUACACCCCGAAGCAAUUGUCAUAUAGGGUCGUGCUGCACCAACUGCACCUACUCCCCUUCCGGGACCCUCUGCAGACCUGUCCGGAAUAUAUGUGAUCUUCCAGAGUACUGUACCGGGUCCUCCAUAAGCUGCCCCAGAAACGUUUACAUGCAAGACGGAACCCCGUGCACCCAGGAAGGCUACUGCUACAAAGGGAACUGCACCGACCGCAGCAUGCACUGCAAGGAGAUCUUCGGUGCCAGCGCGGAGAACGCUCACGAGAUCUGCUACAACAUAAACAUGGGAACGAGCCGAUUCGGACACUGUUACAGAGAGUACGAUAAAAUGACCUUCGUCGGCUGUGCUAGACGGGACAGGAUGUGUGGGAGGCUCCAGUGCACCAACGUCACCCAUCUCCCCCACCUUCAGGAACACGUUUCCUUCCACCAGUCCAUCAUAUCAGGCCUCCCCUGCUUCGGGCUGGACGAGCACCGUUCCACGGGAGCCACAGAUGCCGGCCACGUGAGGAACGGCACUCUGUGUGCUCCUGGAAAGUUCUGCACUGCCAAUCGGUGCAACGGGACUGUGGCUGACCUGAAUUACGACUGCGACCCUGGGAAGUGCAAUCGCCAUGAGGAGCCCAAGCUGAGCUUGAGCCUCUGA